AAAGUUGCCUAUCACACCUCAAUGAGAGACACCUCUCUCAUUGACUCUGUUGACUCUGUUCCUCUUUGCAACUCCCCACCCUCUCUUCUUAUUUCUCUCUCUUAGUAUGAGACUCCAAGAAAAUGGCUGAGGCUGAUAUUUCAACAGAGCAGGAUCGGUUCAGCUGUCCAGUGUGUCAGGAACUCCUGAAGGAACCUGUAACGACUCCCUGUGGCCACAAUUUCUGUAAGGUGUGUAUUGAUGAAUUCUGGGAUAAAGAAGAUCAGAGGAGUGUCUACAGCUGCCCUCAGUGUAAAGUGACUCACAAUACUAGGCCUGAAUUAUGCAGGAACAACAAGCUGGCAAAAGUGGUGGAAGAACUGAAGGAAAAUGAACUUCAAUCUGCUUCUACUCACUGUUACGCUGGACCUGGAGAAGUGGAGUGUGAUUCCUGCACAGGGAGAAAACGCAAAGCUGUUAAUUCAUGUCUGGUUUGUCAGGCCUCUUAUUGUGAAGAUCAUCUUCAACCUCACUAUCAGUCUCCUGCUUUUAAGAAGCACAAGUUAGUUGAAGCCUGUGCAGAGCUCCAAGAGAGGAUCUGCUCUGAACAUGACAAACUGAUGGAGAUCUACUGUCGUACUGACCAAAGCUUCAUCUGUUACUUGUGUGCGAUGGAUCAACACAAAGGCCAUGAUACAGUUUCAACUAAAACAGAAAGAACUAAAAAACAGAAUGAGUUAAAGGAGGAGCAGAUUAAAUCCCAGCAGAAAAUCCAGGAGAAGCAGAAGAAGGUGCAGGAGCUGAAACAGACUGUGGACAUUAAUAAGGUGCAUUCACAGGCAGCAGAAGAGGAUCAGAGGAUCUUUAAUGAGCUGAUCAGCUCCAUGCAGAAAAAGCGCUCGGAGGUGAAGGAGCUGAUCAGAUCUCAGGAGGAAGCUGAAGUGAGUCGAGCUGAACGACUCCUGAAUCCACUGGAGCAGGAGCUUGCUGAUCUAAACAGGAGAGUCACUGAGAUGGAGCAGCUUUCACACACACAUGAUGACAUCCACUUCCUCCAGAGUUUCCCGUCUCUCUGUGUUUCUCCUGGAUGUGACGACUCACCCAGCUUCACUGUCAAUCAACAUCUCUCAUUUGAUGGAACGGGGAAAUCUCUCUCAGAUCUGAAAAAACAAGUCGAGCAAAACUCUGAAGAGGAAUUCAACAAAAUACAACCACAAGCUGCAGCAGAACAGAAAAUUUUACCCUCAGGACCAAUGAUCGACGAACGCAAUCUGCAAUAUGUGAAAAAAAGAGUUAAGGAAGUCUUAUUGCCGAAAAUCCGUCCACAAGCUGCAGCAGAACAGAAAAAUUUAACUUCAGGACCAAUGCUCGACGAACACAAUCUGCAAUCUACAGCAGUUCAGUCGGUUUUACCUUCAGAACCAGAUAGGAGAGCAGAUUUUCUGCAGUAUUUCUGUUGUCUGAUUCUGGACCCAAACACAGCACAUCCUCAACUCAUUCUUUCUGAGAAUAACAGAGUGGUAACACGGAGUGAGACACGACAGGAAUACUCUGAUCAUCCAGAGAGAUUUGACUCUUGGCCUCAGGUGUUGUGUAAGGAGAGUGUGUUUGGACGCUGUUACUGGGAGGUGGAGAGGAGCGGUGAUGUGUUAAUAUCAAUGUCAUAUAAAAAGAUCAGCAGGAAAGGACAUGGUAAAGAAUCUCAGUUUGGAUUCAGCAGUCAGUCCUGGAGUCUGCGUUGUUCUUCUUCCUCUGUUUAUUUCUGGCACAACAACAUUAAGACUGAGCUCCAAGGUCCAUCAUCCUCCAGAAUAGGAGUGUAUGUGGAUCACAGUGCAGGAACUCUGUCCUUCUACAGCGUCUCUGACACCAUGAGGCUCCUCCACAGAGUCCACACCACAUUCACUCAGCCUCUAUAUGCUGGAUUCUGUAUAUGGAGUUAUGAUUUACCCGUGUCUUUGUGUGAUCCAAAAUAAUAUGGCUCAGUGUCAUUUUUAUGUGCAGAAACUGUAACAUUUAUAUUAAAAUUAAGUUUAUUUUUUUAGGGUUAAGGUUCUAUUCCCAAAAAAAUUACAUAUAUUAUUAUUACAGAAUGUAGGAUGUUUGGAGAACAAAUAAAUGCUAUUACACUGUUACUUUAAACAGAUAUGACCAAUGACUUCUGAACCCCUUCUAUGUUGAACUGGCUAUGCACCUAAAUCAUUUAAUCUAGCGGUUAUCAAACCUUCAAUAAAAAAAAAAAACAGACCUGGAUCCAAGCCAGCUGUUCAACUAUAGGUCAAUAUCAAACUUUUCCUUUACCUCCAAUAUCCUUGAAAAGUUUGAGUUUGACUUCAGUCACUCACUUGAAGCUCAUGUAGAUAAUAUCGCUUCAUCAAUCCUGAUGCCCUGCCCAUUGUUGCAAUCUCGCCCCCUGGUGUGCCCUCUGCUACGGAUUGAUCUGCAUGGACUGCACAUGACUCGUGGAAUUGCUGUGGUUGGGGCCACAUGGAGAUUGUCACACAACUUUUGAACUAAUCCCGUGCCAGUCAGCUUUGUGCUCGGGUCUUCAUCAGCAGUCAUUUGAAGACUUCGGCAGGAAGGAAUUAGUGUUGGGUCUGUGGUGAACUUGGAAAUUGUGCUGACUCAUUAAGUCCUCAGAAGCUCUUGGUUGCUUAAUUCCACUCAAUUACAAACUGUUGUAGAAAGGACAUUAUUUACAUUGGCAUUAUUUACUGUCCAUUAUCACCCAAAUUAUUAUAAGGUUCUCUUCUGAGUCUUGUUCCUCUCAAGGUUUCUUUCUCUUAUCUUCUCAUGGGGUUUUUCCUUGCCAAUGUUGCCUCUGGCUUCAUCAUUAGGGAUACAGUAGAUGUUAAAUAUAAAUAAUAACUUAAUUUGAAACUUUAAACAAUACAAUUGUGAUUCUAUUUCUAUACUUAUGUGAAGCUACUUUGAGACAAUGUGAAUUAUUAAAAGCGCUUUAAUAAUAAAUUCUAUAUAGAUAGAUACAUAGAUAGAUAGAUAGAUAGAUAGAUAGAUAGAUAGAUAGAUAGAUAGAUAGAUGGAUGGAUGGAUGGAUGGAUGGAUGGA